GUGUCACGUGAGAGUGUAAUUUCAAGAUGGCUACAGAGGAGCUUCCAUCCCAAUUCGAUGUUGUCAUUCUCGGGACAGGCCUCACCGAGUCUGUCAUUGCAGCUGCCUGCUCCAGAGUCGGACAGAGCGUUCUGCAUUUGGACAGGAGGAGCUACUAUGCUGGAAACUGGGCCAGCUUCACAUUCAAUGGCCUGCUUUCGUGGAUCGAGGAAUAUAAGAAUCAGCAGGAGGUGCCAACCACAGAGUCAGAGCAAGUAUGGAGGAGCUUGAUUGAUGAGGGAGAAGAUCUGAUGCCUCUCAGCUCUGUGGACUCCUCCAUUUCUAACCUAGAGGUUUUCUGUUAUGCCAGUGAGGAAGAAGAAAAAGAAGAGGAUCCGACGGUCUCGCUACCAAGCAGUCAGCCUGAGAACACGCAGACUACGUCAGAGGAGACCAACAGUGACUCUACAGAGGAACAAGAGACGGUUACUACCGAUGACCCUAUAGAAGCUGUUGUUAAGACGCAAAAAGAGGGGGACGAAGUCUUUGAGCCAACGGAAGAGAAGGCUAUACCUGAGAUUUCAGACUCCCGCCAAUCGCAGGAAGAAAAAGAGCAGCAGCCAAUCAGCAGCCCAGCAGAUCCACCUGUGGAGAAGAUAACAUACCAAAAGCUGUUGAAGGAGGGACGCAGAUUUAAUAUCGACCUUGUCUCCAAGUUGAUGUAUUCGCGUGGUGCUCUGGUGGAUCUGCUCAUCAAGUCUAAUGUGAGCCGUUACGCAGAGUUCAAGAACAUUAGCCGCAUCCUCACCUGCAGAAAUGGAAAAGUGGAGCAGGUGCCGUGUUCGCGGGCUGAUGUGUUUGCCAGUAAGCAGCUGACUGUGGUGGAGAAACGUAUGCUGAUGAAAUAUCUUACCUUCUGUCUGGACUUUGAGCAGCACCCAGAGGAGUACCAGGACUCCUCAGAGAAACCGUUUAUGGAGUUCCUGAAAACCAAGAAACUGACAGAGAACCUGCAAGACUUCGUUCUGCACUCCAUUGCUAUGGUGUCGGAGGAGACCCCUACGGAGGAGGGACUAAAGGCCACACAGCACUUCCUGCGAUGCUUGGGUCGCUACGGCAACACUCCCUUCCUGUUCCCACUGUAUGGCCUGGGAGAAAUUCCACAGUGCUUUUGCAGAAUGUGUGCCGUGUUUGGAGGAAUUUAUUGUCUGCGACACUCUGUGCAGUGCCUGGUUGUGGACAAGGCAUCUAAUAGUGUUAAAGCUGUGAUUGAUACACGCGGUCAGAGGAUCAGCUGCAGUCAUUUUGUGGUUGAAGAUUCAUACAUCAGAGAUGAACAAAGACAGAGCACAUCAUACAGGCAGAUAUCUCGAGCAGUGCUCAUCACAGACAGAUCUGUGCUACCUUCAGAAUCUGAGCAGCAGAUCUCAUUGGUGACUGUUCCUUCUCUGGAAUCUUCUACACCAGCUAUUAGAAUGGUGGAGCUCUGUUCUUCAUCCAUGACCUGCAUGCCUGGCACCUAUUUGGUCCACUUGACUUGUUCAUCCUCUGGUUCAGCCCAGGAAGAUCUUGCUCCAGUUAUAUCUCGAUUAUUCCAUGUUCCCAGCAGUCCUGGAGAAGAACCCGAAGAAGGUGCGGAAGAGAGAAGCAAGCCAGCAGUGCUCUGGGUGAUGUACUUCAACAUGAGGGACACAUCAGCUCUGGACAGCAGCAGCUACAGUCUGCCGAAUAACGUUCACCUGUGCACUGGUCCUGAUGCCAGGUUGGGCAGUGACUACUCUAUCAAACUGGCUGAAUCAGUGUUUCACCAUCUCCUGCCCGAUGAGGAGUUCUGCCCACCUGCACCCAAUCCUGAAGACAUCGUCUACGACGGUGAUGGUUCACAGGCCGAGGGGGCGGGGUUUGAUGACACUAAUAACACAGAAGGAGAUAAUAUCCAGGCCGAAGAAGGAGGUGUCGCCCAGGAGAAGAGUCCAUCAGCUGAAAGCUCAGAGGCUUCAGAGAAUACAGAGAGUACUACCCAGGAAACACCACUGGAGACAACAGCUCAGACCACACCCACAGAUGAAUAGACCCUAGGGACUGUUCUUCACUUCUUGAUAAUCACUGUUACUGCUUUUCUCUCUUAUCUGUUUGUCUGAAUGCCUAAGGGGGAGAACAUAUGGUUUUCCUCAUACACUGUCAUUAUUUUCUGCUUAAGAUCUGUGUCUUUUUGGAGAGGGCCAAUGUGCUUUAAUGCCAGAAUCUCUUUCCAUUUAAACUUGUUCUUAUGUCCAUCAACACUGAAAAGAUUUGAUAAUGGAUGUGCCUUUAUUUUGGCUUGUUUUGGUUUUGGUUACUGUAAAAGUUAAUGCAUUGUUUACUUUUUUAAAACAAGAUGUUCUUUCCAUCAAGUAUUCACAAUUUUGUCCUUGUAUGGUAGAGGAAAGAUGACCACCAUAGCAUAUUCUACAAUUAACAGACUUAAAAGGAAUAGUUUACCCAAAAAUAAAACAUUUUCCAAAUAAUGAAAGUGAAUGGUGACUAAGGCUGUCAGUCCCUAACAGUCUGCCUCAGGUCUCCUUUUGCAUCUAGAACAACAUGUGUGAGUAAAUGAUGACAGAAUUUGUGUUUUUGGGGGAACUAUCCCAUCGUUAAAGUUGAAAUUUUGGUAUUUCAAUAAUUGUCAGUAAUUUCAGGUCCCAACAAAUCAGUUCGUUCUCGUGUCACAUCAUAUGUAUUUCUGAAAUAUGUUGCUUUAAUUGUAUCAAAUAUAAAUGGUU